AUGUCAAACAAGAACGAAAAACGCGUUCAUGAAAUUGAAUACCAUAUUUAUGAACUAUUAUCCGAACUACAGCUCCUCGAUCCAAUGAAUCGAGUUCUGCAAAAUAUCCAACCAUUCAACCUUUCGAUCAAUUCACACGAAACAUGUUUCAAAGAUCAUCGUCAAUGUCCUUGUUUAUUACAUAAAAACGAACGAUUUCAUUCGACAACAUACGAUGAAUAUAAAAAAGUACAUCAACGCAAAAAACUCACGAAAACAUCACCGAAAAACAAUGUUUUUACCACAAGUACACCCAAAACGACGUCUCCUAACGAGAGUCUUCUACUCAAACCAUAUCUGACCUCGACACCACGUCGUUCAAAUCAUCAAUCAACGAACUUCAUUCCAUUAAAACGUUUACUUUAUCAUCAAAAAGAUUCUCGUCGCCAACGCUAUUCCAUACAACGAGCAUUGAAUUCGCUCGAUGGAAACAAACUUCAAUGGAUUUAA